AUCUUUCUUCUUCCUUUGGGGUUUCCUCAGAGGCGGCCCCUUCUCAGAAAAAAAAGAAGAAAAAAGUUUGAAAAUUGAAAAUUCCUCGCAGGAUCUGAGGAUCACGAACUGAACACACUUAGUAGCAGAAACCACAAAUUGAUUAUGCUUAUUUGUUUAUACACACGAACAAUUUCUCAGAGAACGAUAGGUGUCAGAUGCAUUUAUGGUAUGGUAUAGUUGGUUGAAGUUUGGGAAUUUUUUUCAGGUGAUCUUCUUAUAUAAACUGGCAAUUGUUAUUGGAGUUGAAAAUCAGUUGAUCAUAAUGGUUGUCUUAAGUGUCUGCGCUGUCUUGUUUCCUUGUCCAGCAAUUUCUGUUGCUGAGUUUUGGAUGUUUGACAGUGAGGGUGUGACGGGACGCCAUGUGUUAAUGGAAAUGAGUGCAAGGACAUGGUGCUCCGGCAGCAUAGUUCUAUCUGGUCGGCUCCUGCAUUGGCAAGUUCCGGCCAGAAAAUAGGAAAUCCUUACUCGUUGGAGAGAGGUCCCAGAUUCUCCUUCCUCGUCACUUGCAAUGUCUCGCUGUUUUCCCUUCCCCCCGCCUGGAUAUGAGUUGAAGGGUACACCCGAUGAUGUGAAUUUGAUCAUAAAGCAGGAGAAACAAAAGCACAAGAAGCACAAGGAUAAGAAGGAGAAGAAGGAGAAGAAAGAAAAAAGUGAAAGAAAGGAUAAGGAGAGAGGUGAAGAUAAACACAAAGACAAGAAGGAUAAGAAACGAAAGCGUGAGAAACAUAGAGACAAGAAGGAUAAAAAUAAAGAUAAACCAAGUUCUUCUGCAGAGAGAAAACUUGUAGGGCCCUUGGAGAACCAAAAUGAUCAGAAACUUGUUCCAGAUAGUAAACCAACUAUUAGAAUCCAGGAUGAGAGAAGUGUUGUCGAAUUGGGAAAUAGAGUUAAAAAUGACGGAGCAAAGGGCACGCAAAUGGUUCAGAAAAUCACAAUUUUGGAGAAGGAAAAGGCCAACUUGCUGGGUAAGGUGCAAGAGAACGGUAAUGGCAGGUUGGCUAUUAAGGAUCCGAGAGAUCACAGUAGGACAGCUAAUGGUCAAAGUCUCCAAGUUGAUAUGAGGAGUUUGGGAAAUGGUAGGAAUAGUUAUGGUGAAAAUCAAAUUAAGGUUGAGGAGGGGAAAGAAAGGACCGGAUACGGAAACAUGGUUGCAGGCGGAGGGGAUGCUAGCAGGAAGGCAGAUCAAAAUAAGAAUACGAAAGCAGAGGACAAGAAAGGGAAGAAGGAGAAGAAAAGGGAGUUAACGGGAUUUAGGAAAGACGAGGUUAAACAAGAAACCAGUAAUAGUAGUUUUCUAGAAUUUCACUCUAACAUUCCCUCAGAUCUUCUGAAGGAGAACAAUGACUGCCAGGGAAAGCUUCCAAAACUAAAGGAGUUGAAUGGCUUCUUACAUGCCAAAGACAAUGGAGUUCGACCCAAUAACAUGUCCAGGCAUACUAUCGCGUCUCAUCAAGUGGGAAGUGGUUUUCGUCCUUGUCAAAAUACUAUAAGCAUAGGGGUGGUGGGGAAAAGAGCUGUUGUUACAGAUCAGAAGGUGAAUGGCAAGCUUUCAUCUCCUCAAUCGGUGAUUGAUAGCGUAAGGAACGUUGGACCUUGCCAGACUGCAGCUGAUAACACAAAAACUGAGAAUGGUAGGGUUAAUAUCAAUGCUCGUGUGGUCAGUAAUGGCGUUAUCUCCCCCCACAUUGUCCGUAUUCAGAGAAAGAUGGAACCAUGCCAUACUAGCAGCAGUGUUGCAAUGGCAAAGCAGAUAGCCAACAACGGAAAAGCUCCACCCUCUCAUCCACUUGUGGAGAAUGGAGGGAAAAUGGCCGUGCAAACGCCGGAUGCUAUCCAUGAGACGAGGGUGAAUGGUUCUUUAGAAGGUAAGAAACACUCUUCGUCAUCUCUGAAAAGAAAGGAGAAGGUGACCACCACCACCACCACGAGGCCUCCUCAUCCGGAUAUGAAGUAUUUGAGCGAGAUACUGACUGUUCCCGAGGUUGAAUGGGCACAAAGCGAUGAUCAAGAAUGGCUGUUUGAGUGCCAAGAGUCAGAAACAAAGAGGCCGAGAUUGGCCACCCCGGAGACGAAACAGGUCUGGUCAGAAGCCGUACAUUUGGAAUCUGCAGAUGUUACCGCGUUACCAUACGUCAUUCCUUACUAAACGGGAUCAAGAAAUUUUGCUUUAUUUGGAUCACCCGCCUCAAAUUGGCAAGAGAGCCACACCAGGUUUUUGGUAGAGUUGCUAUCGUGGUUUCUGCUGCAACUCUCUGCUGCUGCUGCUAAGUGCUAGUGUUGGAGUCGGGCAGUCUUGCCAUUUCUGUCAUGCUACAUCUGCAGAGAGAGAGAGAGAAAGAGAAAGAGAGGGAGGGAGAGAUUCGUGCAUACUUUCACAUGUUGUUGAAUCUUGGUUGUGGGAGGAGGGGAGCCUUUUUAGCUGUGAAUUCUUGCGACGUCGGCAGAAACAGGUCGGAGGAGCUGUCGAUGGUUGUCACCGGUGCAGCGUGAGGCAACUGCGAAGCCCCCGAGGAUUUCAAGGCCCCAUACAUAUACAUAUAAUUUUAUAUAAUAUGCUUAGAAAACAAUUAUGUGAUGAUAGCUUAUUGGUUGUUUAGCUUUGAUUUUCA